AUGGGCCAGAUCGAAGAACUCCCCGACGACUUCGACGAGUCGCUCAACCUGAACAAGCAGACUCCCGAGACGCAAGAUGCCCCGCCGGCGAAAGAGGUCGAGACCUCAUUCCCGGUGAAUAAAGAGCGAGCGGAGAAAUUCGAGAAGGAGAAUCCGGACGUGCCGAAGUUGCCGCCUGCGAUGGAGGCGGUGCGGUCGCAUACGACAGACGAGCUUUUGGACAUGAUGAACAAGACGCCGUUGUUUAUGACGGAUAUUGACAAGGCGGGGGAUGAGAAUGGCGAGAAUGUCUUUUUAGAUGCCCUCCACGCCUUACAGAAUGAGGGUACGCGCGGAGAAGUCGCCCAGAACUUCCGCGAACAGGGUAACGAGGCUGCGAAGGAGUUGCGAUGGAUCGAUGCCAAGGAGUUCUAUACUAAGGCUAUUACCGUUAUCUUCGCGAAGGAGGAUAAGUGGGAGAAGCCGGAGGAUUUGGCCGCGGAGCAGAAGUUGCUGCGACAGGCUGAGGAGGCGUCUCAUAUCAAUCGCGCGUUGUGUAAUCUGGAGCUGGGCAAUUAUCGGCAAUGUACGCUUGACUGUGCCUCGACUCUCAAGCUGAACCCGACGAAUAUCAAGGCGUUUUAUCGUUCCGGUAUGGCUUGUCUGAAGCUCGAUAAGAUUGCCGAGGCUGAGGAUGCGGUGAAGCGAGGCUUGGCUAUCGAUCCGAACAAUAAGUCUCUUCAGAUGGCGGCAGAGAAGAUCGCUGAGCGCAAGGCUGUCGUCGAGCGCCUCGCUGCUAAGCGCAAGGCGGAGGAAGAGAGAAAGAGCAAGGAGAAGAAGUUGCUUGAUGUUGCACUGAAGGCUAGAGAGAUCAGGACCCGCAAAACGGACAAACCGGCCGACUUGGACGAUGCGGUGAUUCGUCUUGUUCCCGAUCCUCUCUCUCCCGAGAGCACGUUGGAGUUCCCUGCGGUGUUCCUCUAUCCCAUGGAUGCCCAGUCAGACUUCGUCAAGGCGUUUUCUGAAAUGCACAGCAUUGAGGACCAUCUCGAAUACAUCUUCCCCUUGCCGUGGGAUACCAAGAACGAAUAUACCAUUAACAGCGUGGACUGUUUCAUGGAGACUGCGACUGGCGGAUUGAUCAAAGCCGGGAAGAAACUGCCACUUCUGCAGAUUCUUAGCGGCAGCAAGGUUGAAGUUGUGGAUCAAUUGGUGAAGUUUUUCAUUGUGCCGACCGCGAAGAGUGGCCAAUUCAUUGCGGAAAUAAAGAAGAGGAAGCAGGGUUGA